GGAAAUUGUAACGGUUUUUUGAGGUAACGUGAACAACAAUCAUGGUUGACUUGAAAAAGACUUCAGCCCACACGAUCAAGGUCUCCUCUCAGGCGCUUUCACAUUACACACCCCGGUUGUUCCUCUAUAACCACCAUUCUCGAGAUGGCCGUAGCGAUCAAACUCCAUUUUCCUUCUCUUUUUUCUCAUUUCUGUUGUUAAUGUAACCCAUGAAGAACCAAAAGGCAAGCAUCAAAUUGAUUCUCGCUUUCUUCUGUUUUGGCAUGGUUUUAGAGUCUCAUUUAUCUUAUGGAGAAGACUCCAUUUCUGGUCAUCAAGCCCUUUCAGGUGACCAGACGCUUAUCUCCAAAGACGGCAACUUUGAACUCGGAUUCUUCGCACCAGGUAAGAAGAAUUCCUCCAAAUUCUACAUAGGAAUAUGGUACAAGAAAGUUAGUGAGCAAACCGUAGUUUGGGUAGCAAACAGGGUUACCCCAGUAAAAGACAAGUAUUCUUCAUCCCUUACUAUUCAGGGUACUAAUUUAGUGAUAUUGGAUGAAUCCAAGAAGCCCAUUUGGUCUACAAAUGUGAGUUUCACAAGUUCAGGUCCUGUGGUUGCGGUUCUUGGGGAUGAUGGCAAUUUUGUUUUAACGGAAUUGUUGAAAUCAGGUUCAAAUAUUCCGCCAAUUUGGCAAAGUUUCGAUAACCCAACUGAUACGUGGUUACCUGGUGACAAAAUUGCAUAUAACAAAGUAACUAAGAAACGGCAGAUUUUAACUUCAUGGAAAAAUUCUGAAGAUCCAGCACCUGGGCUUUUUUCCUAUGAACUUGAUCCUAUUGCUAAUCAGUAUGUAAUGACCUGGAAUAGGUCCCAACAGUAUUGGGUUAGCGGACCUUGGAAUGAGCAAAGGAAACACUUUACUUAUGUACCUGAAUGAGGUUUAAUUAUAUUUAUAAUUAUAGUUUUAUAAACAAUGAGAAUGAGUCUUACUUCACAUACAGCCUCUACAGUUCAGCAAUCAUUUCUAGGUUUGUAGUCGAUGUGUCAGGGCAUCUUAAGCAGCUUUUGUGGUCGAAUAAUUCCAAGAAAUGGAGUUUGGUUUGGUACCAACCUAGACAACAGUGUCAAGUGUAUGCAUUUUGUGGAGAAUUCAGCAUUUGCAGUGAGCAUUAUUUGCACCAUUGCAACUGCUUGUCUGGUUUUGAGCACAAAUCGAAUGCAGAUUGGAAUCUGAUUGAUUUUUCUGGGGGCUGUGAGAGGAAAACGAAGUUGCAAUGUGAAAAAGGCGGCAGUCUAGAUGGCCAGAAAGAUAAGUUUCUGGCAUACCCAAAUAUGCGUUGGUCACAAAACCCUCAGUCUGUAAAGGUUGGGAGUUCGGCCGAAUGUGAAUCUAGCUGUUUAAAUGAUUGCUCUUGUACUGCUUAUGCUUAUGAUAGCAAUGGAUGCUCCAUUUGGAAUGAGAAGCUCUUGGAUCUCCGAGAAGUGUCUGGAAAUGAUGAAAUCGGCACAAUUUACAUUAGGGUUGCUGCCUCUGAGUUUUCGAGGGGGAAUAAUGACCCAGCUCUGAGGGAUCAAUGCGACUAUUACAGCCUUUGUGGUUCUUUCGGCAUUUGUGACCCCUAUAACUUCGGUGAAUUUGUGUGUCAAUGCCUCCCUGGGUAUGAGCCUAAGGAUAGAAGUCAAUGGAACUUGAGGGAUGGCAAGAGUGGGUGCACAAGAAAGUACGGAGAACAAAUAUGUGGAAAUAGUAAUGCUGAUGUCAAGUUCAUAAAAUUGACAUCGGUCAAGGUCCCAGACAUUAGAAAUGCAGCUGUGAAUAAUAUUUUGGGACUGGAAGAAUGUGAAGAAUUAUGCUCGAGCAAUUGUUCAUGCUCAGCUUAUGCAAGUGCUAAUACCAGCAAUGGUGGAAGUGGCUGCAUCACUUGGCACGGUGACUUGAGAGAUAUGAGGCGGUUUUCUAAUGGUGGCCAGGAAGUUUAUGUGAAAGUUAGAGCUUCUGAAUUCACUCAAAAUCUGAAGAAUUCAAACUGGUCGGGUAGCAAAAUGUUGAUAAUCAUCUUGGUACCAUCAACAGCAGGGGUGUUAUUAUUUGGUUUUGCAAUUUGGUUGAUAAUGUGGAAGCUCAAAGGUCAAAGAGGGAAAGUCAGGAAGUCUCCUAGCUUUACAUUUGAUCCAGUGUCAUCAUAUGGAGUCACUCCAAGGAAAGAGAUGGUGGAUGAAAAAGGAGAGAUACCUGUGUUUGAUCUAAGAACCAUAGUUUUUGCAACUGAUGCUUUUUCUCUCACAAAUAAACUUGGAGAAAGUGGUUUUGGCUCAGUUUUUAAGGGCCAGCUCCAAAAUGGCAGAGAAAUAGCGGUGAAAAGGUUAUCACGAAGUUCAGGACAAGGGAUAGAAGAAUUCAAGAAUGAAACUACCCUGAUCGCGAGACUGCAGCACAGGAAUCUUGUUAAACUUUUGGGAUGUUGCAUCCAGCAAGAGGAGAAAAUGUUGGUGUAUGAAUACUUGCCGAACAAAGGACUAGAUAACUUCAUCUUUGAUGAAGGAAAAAGAGCUUUGCUGGAUUGGACUAAACGCUUUGAGAUCAUUUUGGGCAUUGCUCGGGGAAUGGUGUAUCUUCACCGUGACUCACGACUAAGAAUCAUCCACAGAGACUUGAAAGCUAGCAAUGUCUUGCUGGAUUCCAGUAUGGAACCAAAAAUAUCAGAUUUCGGGAUGGCCAGAAUUUUUGGAGCAGACCAAUUAGAGGCCAAAACACGCAGGGUAGUUGGAACAUAUGGAUAUAUGUCACCAGAAUAUGCAAUGCAAGGGCUCUUCUCAGAAAAGUUGGAUGUAUUUAGCUACGGUAUCCUGUUGCUGGAGAUUAUUAGCGGAAAGAAAUGUUGUAGCAAUUAUUUCAAUGGCACCACUUUGAGCUUAGCUGGAUAUGUUUGGGGGCUCUGGAAAGAAGGCAAGGCCCUGGAUUCAGUGGAUCCAGCAAUGGUUGAUUCAUGUAAGCCUGAUGAGGUUGCGAGAUGCAUUCAGAUUGGACUUUUGUGCGUUCAGGAUCAUGCCAAUGACAGACCAACAAUGUCUAAAGUGCUUUCAAUGCUAUGCAACGAAACAUCAAUCGCUUCAGCCUCUCCGAAAAAACCUGCUUUCGUCUUUGAAAAGGUCAAUUAUUAUAGUAGUACUCCUCCCUGUUCACCAUUUUCUAGUUUAGAAGCAUCUGCGAAUGAUGUUACCAAUACUGAAAUCCAAGCUCGCUAAGCAAUACUUCACGUUCUAUGUAGUUUGGUUAUUUGAACCGAAUCUCUCACCACAAUGC